GCGGCGGCGGCGGCGGCGGGGAGCCGGGGGCGGAGGCGAGGCCGGCGGGCGGCUGAGGCACGUCCUGACCCACGGGCGGCCGGGCCGCGGGCGGCUCUCCCGGAGGCGGUGUCCGCGGUGCCAGCGGCGGCGGCCGCCCCGCGGACAGGAUGGCGUUCAGCAAGGGCUUCCGCGUCCACCACAAGCUGGACCCCCCGCCCUUCAGCCUCAUGGUGGAGACCCGGCAGCGCGAGGAGUGCCUCCUGUUCGAGUCCGGGGCGGUGGCCGUGCUCUCUUCUGCAGAAAAGGAGGCAAUCAAGGGUACAUACUCCAAAGUGCUGGAUGCGUAUGGACUCCUCGGUGUUUUACGGCUCAAUCUGGGCGACACCAUGCUACAUUAUCUGGUCCUCGUCACCGGAUGCAUGUCUGUGGGGAAAAUUCAGGAAUCUGAAGUGUUCCGAGUGACUUCCACCGAAUUCAUAUCCCUGCGAGCCGACUCUGCCGACGAGGAUCGCAUUUCAGAAGUGCGCAAGGUGUUGAACUCGGGGAACUUCUACUUCGCGUGGUCCGCCUCGGGGGCCAGUUUGGACCUGAGUCUCAGUGCCCAUCGCAGCGUGCAGGAGCACACGACCGACAACAGGUUUUUCUGGAACCAGUCGCUGCACCUGCACCUGCAGCACUACGGCGUGAGCUGCGACGACUGGCUGCUGCGCCUCAUGUGCGGGGGCGUGGAGGUCAGGACCAUCUACGCGGCCCACAAGCAGGCCAAGGCCUGCCUCAUCUCCCGGCUGAGCUGCGAGCGCGCCGGGACCAGGUUCAACGUCCGGGGGACCAACGACGACGGCCACGUGGCCAAUUUUGUGGAAACGGAGCAGGUCGUGUACUUAGAUGACUCUGUUUCUUCCUUCAUCCAAAUCCGGGGCUCGGUUCCGUUGUUCUGGGAGCAGCCAGGCUUGCAGGUGGGCUCUCACCGUGUCCGGAUGUCCCGGGGCUUCGAAGCCAACGCGCCCGCCUUUGACAGGCAUUUUAGGACACUGAAGACUCUGUAUGGCAAACAAAUAGUAAUAAACCUGCUGGGCUCUAAGGAAGGGGAACAUAUGCUGAGCAAGGCCUUCCAGAGCCACCUGAAGGCUUCGGAGCACGCCGCCGACGUGCAGAUGGUGAGCUUCGACUACCACCAGAUGGUGAAGGGCGGCAAGGCCGAGAAGCUGCACAGCGUCCUCAGGCCUCAGGUCCAGAGGUUCCUCGAUUACGGCUUCUUCCAUUUCGACGGCAACGACGUUCGAAGGUGCCAGAGUGGGACCGUCCGCACCAACUGCUUGGACUGCCUGGACAGGACCAACAGCGUGCAGGCCUUCCUGGGCCUGGAGAUGCUGGCGAAGCAGCUGGAAGCCCUCGGCUUGGCUGAGAAGCCCCAGCUGGUGACUCGCUUUCAGGAGGUUUUCCGCUCCAUGUGGUCGGUGAACGGUGACUCCAUCAGUAAGAUCUAUGCCGGGACCGGGGCUCUGGAAGGCAAGGCCAAGGCUGGGAAGUUAAAAGAUGGUGCUCGUUCUGUCACCAGAACGAUUCAGAAUAACUUCUUUGACAGCUCCAAGCAAGAGGCCAUUGACGUUUUGCUCCUGGGAAACACUCUAAAUAGUGAUUUAGCUGACAAAGCGCGAGCCCUUUUAACCACUGGAAGUUUGCGUGCCUCUUCCAAAGUCCUGAAGAGCAUGUGCGAGAACUUCUACAAGUACUCCAAGCCCAAGAAGAUCCGCGUGUGCGUGGGCACGUGGAACGUGAACGGCGGGAAGCAGUUCCGCAGCAUCGCCUUCAAGAACCAGACGCUCACCGACUGGCUGCUCGACGCGCCCAAGCUGGCGGGCAUCCAGGAGUUCCAAGAGAGAAGAAGCAAGCCGACGGACAUAUUUGCGAUUGGGUUUGAGGAGAUGGUGGAGCUGAAUGCGGGGAACAUCGUGAAUGCGAGCACCACGAACCAGAAGCUCUGGGCCGCGGAGCUCCAGAGGACCAUCUCCCGGGACCACAAGUACGUGCUGCUGGCCUCCGAGCAGCUGGUGGGCGUCUGCCUGUUCGUCUUCAUCCGCCCGCAGCACGCGCCCUUCAUCAGGGAUGUCGCCGUGGAUACUGUGAAGACGGGAAUGGGAGGCGCCACUGGCAACAAGGGAGCGGUGGCCAUCCGCAUGCUGUUCCACACGACCAGCCUCUGCUUCGUCUGCAGCCACUUCGCCGCCGGGCAGUCCCAGGUCAAAGAGCGGAACGAGGACUUCGCGGAGAUCGUGCGGAAGCUGAGCUUCCCCAUGGGAAGGAUGCUCUUUUCCCACGACUACGUGUUCUGGUGCGGCGAUUUCAACUACCGCAUCGACCUCCCUAACGAGGAGGUGAAGGAGCUCGUCAGGCAGCAGAACUGGGACUCGCUCAUCGCCGGGGACCAGCUGGUCAGCCAGAAGAACGCCGGGCAGAUUUUUAGAGGAUUUUUAGAAGGAAAAGUAACCUUUGCUCCGACAUAUAAAUAUGAUUUGUUUUCUGAAGACUAUGACACCAGCGAAAAGUGCCGCACCCCCGCGUGGACCGACCGCGUCCUCUGGAGGAGGAGGAAGUGGCCUUUUGAUCGAUCAGCCGAGGACCUGGAUCUCCUCAACGCCAGUUUCCAGGACGGAAGCCAGAUCCUCUACACGUGGACGCCGGGCACGCUGCUGCACUACGGGCGGGCCGAGCUGAAGACCUCCGACCACAGGCCCGUGGUCGCCCUCAUCGACAUCGACAUCUUCGAGGUGGAGGCCGAGGAGAGGCAGAGCGUCUACAGGGACGUCCUGGCCGAGCAGGGCCCGCCCGACGCCACGGUGCUGGUCUCCGUCCAGAGCUUGGGGCCAGAGGGUGGCUUCUUCGAUGACACUCUAAUCGACGAGCUUCUGCAGCAGUUUGCGAAUUUUGGUGAAGUCGUUCUCAUAAGGUUCGUAGAAGAUAAAAUGUGGGUGACGUUUCUGGAGGGAAGUUCGGCCUUGAGUGUGCUGGGCCUCAGUGGUAAAGAGUUCCUGGGCCGGACUGUGACCAUCACUUUGAAAAGUCCUGACUGGAUCAAGAACUUGGAAGCAGAGAUAAGUUUAGAGAAGAUUAACGUCCCGUUGCCUUCGUCGACAAGCUCCACGCUGCUGGGCGAGGACGCGGACGUGGCGGCAGACUUCGACCUGGAAGGGGACGUGGACGAGGACGGCGCCGAGGUGGAGGAGGCGCUCCCCCAGCACCUGCAGCCGGCCCCGGGCUCCGGCCUGGGCGCGUCCCCCAGCUCGUCCCCGCGGACCAGCCCCUGCCAGUCGCCCACCAUAGCGGACGGCCCCCUGCCCUCCCUGCCCGUCAGGCCGAGCCGGACCGCAUCCAGGACUCCGGGGCAGCCGCCCUUACAGAGUGCCCCUCCAGGCUCUCCCGUGGACACGCCGCCAGCCGCGCAGCCCCAGAAGGAUGCUCCGCAGGUCCUGGAGCCAAAGCGGCCGCCGCCUCCCCGCCCGGGGGCCCCUCCGGCGCGGCCGGCGCCCCCGCAGCGACCACCUCCGCCUUCAGGGGCCAGGAGUCCGGCGCCUGCCAGGAAGGAGCUUGGAGAUGCACGUGUGAUGCCCGUUCCAGGCCGCAGCCAGCCUUCCCCUCCAGCGGGACUCGCGGCCCCAGGACCCGCUGGACACGGCACCACCAGACCGACCAUCCCGCCCCGCGCCGGGGUGAUCAGCGCCCCGCAGAGCCAGGCCCGGGCGUCCGCGGCGUCUGCUGGGAGGCCGGCUGCCGAGAGCCAGGGCAGAGCCUCCGAAGUCCCCAGAGGUUCACCUCUUCUUCCUGAGCCCCUGAAGCCUCAGGCCGCCCCGCCUGCUCCGAAGAUGCAGGAGCCCCUCGUCCCCACAGCCGCCCCGCCGCCUCAGGCCGCCCCCCAGCCCGGCUUGGAGACGCCACCCCAGCCCCCGCCGCGGAGCAGGUCCUCCCACAACCUGCCCUCUGAACCCUCGGCGCAGCCGCAGGUGAAACCCAACGGCGUCCCCGCCCUCAGACUGGAAUCGCCCUCGAGGAGCGACCCGUUUGAAGACCUGUCACUUAGUCUGCUUGCCCUGCCACAGGCCCAGCCGCCCGUGCACCCCGCCCCUGUCCUCGCCCCGGGCCCCCCGGGCGUGGUCCCCCUGCCUCCUGCCACCCAGAGUAACAGCAGCAUUUUGAGUUCCGUGAGCUGCAUGCCGGCACUGCCUCCGCUUCCAGCGCGGAGCAGAUCCCAGGAGCACGCGCGGCGCUCUCCGAACCCGUUCGCCCCGGCCUUCCCUGGCACAGACCUCCCCGCCGACACCUCCCCUGGCACAGACCUCUCCGCCGACAGGUCGAACCCAUUCAGAGCCCCGUCCAGGGACACAGAGGCGGCCGCGCGGCCCUUCCCUCCUCCGGGGCCCGACGGCUUUCAGGACCGCGCUCACCUGCAGGCCCAGGCCACAGUGAGCGCCAGCCCCCCGCGGGGGUGGGUGACCUUCGAGGAAGAGGACUUCGGGGUGAGGGCGAAGUCGAAGGCAGCCGGUCCGGGCUCCCUGGGCCCUCGGCCCGGCCUGUCCUCCGGCCCCGGCGUGACCUUUGGCGAUGACUGGGGUAAAGGGACGGGUGUUCCCCCCUGUGCGCUGCCCUCGAGGAGGCCGCCCCCGCCUCCCGGUUCUGCGCUCCCCGCAGGCCCCGCCCCUCCAGCCGACCCUUUCACGGCUCUGGCCUCCGCGGCUCCCGCUCUGGACUUCACGGAGAGAUAGCCGCAGGCCACGGCGCUCCCGUGCUGGCUGAGCGAGACCCGCAUUGUUCUCCGUUACGUGCAAUAGUCCUUGUUCCUGCACUGACGUCCAGAAAUACCACUGUGUCCUGUGUACAGCGUUGGAGUGUGUGUAUAUUGGAAAUAGGGAAACCCUUCUCGUCACUCACUGGCGUCCUGGUGUGUUUGUUGGGUAACUGAGAGCAGGAGCCAUAAAAGUGCUCAGAACUCCUCUGGAAAGGAGACCCCACUCAGAUCCUUGGUGAGUCUCCAGAGGACCUCGGGAAGCCCCACAGCUCCCGCCGGCCUGGCCCUGCGCUCACAGCAGUCACCAAAGAGCUGUCCGCGUGACGCCGACACGGGAUUCUGAGAGGCAUCGCUUUAGAGUGAGUGCACACAUGCGCACACGUGUGGUGUAUGCACUCACACAUUCUAACACUCGUCACCUAAACUCGAGGGCAUGACCCAGACCAAAUCUGUAUCUGAAAGCUCUGAGAGUUCUCAAUAUUUCAUUAUCAGAAAGUCGGCUGUCAGUGAAAUUUGGCCAUUUCUUUAAUUUUCUUUCCAAAACUAGAAUGAUCCUCACUCCUGAAACAGCAUUUUCUCUCCUUGCGCGCGCGCGCGCGCGCGCACACGCACACACACACACACACACCCCUCGGCACUCUCCAUCCAGGCCCCUGAGAGGGAAGCACGUGUCGCGGUCCGUCCUGCAGACAUGCCAGCCCUUUCCGAGGAGCGGGUGGCGCGUGUCUGCAAGGCACGUGCCGUGGGUUCGGUGAGAAAUUCAGUGCCAAGUGUCCCCUCUGUACACGGUGUGUGCUGCCCGCUCCCUCCGCCUCCCGUCGGCUGCUCUGCCUCUGGAGCUUCCUUAGUUGGGAGAGCAGCUGGGUGGGGGGUGCACUCUGCACUGGGUCUUCCCUGCAGGUCUGCUCCCCCUGAGGAGGCUGCGGGCCCACGGGGCGCUGCUGGAAGCUCUCCUGCUCUGCUGCAUCCACUGACCCCGCUUUUAUGAAGCACACGGAAUUUUUACAGAAUGUAGUAUUUUGAUAUCAUUAAGUAAUCCCAAUCAGGAAUCCUUGGGCAGUUGUUUUGUUGUAAAUUCAAGCUAAAGUCAUCUGGACCCAGUAAGACUUACAUUAACGCUCCUUCCUAUAAAGCGUUGUGUGUCCACCUAAACCCCGUGUCCUCAUUGAACCUUGACGGAUGUGCAUCGGGGAGAGCAGGAGCGGGGUCCGUGGUGAGAGAGUGGAGAAGCACAGAACUGCAUUGCACUCAGCCACAGAGAGCAAAUCCCUAGGGAAAGUGCUUCAUUCUAAAUGCUUAAAUGUUACCAGCAUCCUCUUUUUAUAGACGUAAUCCUCUCUGUUCACAGCCAGUAACUCUUGUGAGUUUUCUGUUGUGCUUUUUGAGGUUCUAAGCAUUUCAGCAACAGUGUAUCUUCAACGGCAGUAUUCCUCUAAGCCGGAUGCUUCAUAUGUGAACUAACUUGUCCAAACUGUGGCUUUAGCUUCUACGUGAUCAGUGUGUGGUAUUUGCUCUCUAUUAGCCAAACAAUUCCUUUCGGCAGCGGCUCUGUGAGCAGUCUCCCGGCGAACCUACACUACUGCCUGAAACACACCGUGCAGCAGCGCGGCCUUGAUCCGGAAACUGGACUCGGCAAGUUGCUGAAAGUGCACAAAGCUAUGGAAGUUAAAGGUACGCUGCCGAUAACUGGCCAUUAUUCUGUCUUACUGAAACCUUGACCAGUUCCAUUAAAGCAGCAGAAUUUAGACAUUGAGGAGUUCUGUGAAUUCUCUGUUCUCCACAGUAGAUUGCUGUUUAUAUGUAAGAACUUUAUUGCUUAUGUGACACACGAUAUUUAUAACUGUACUGUAUAGAAGCCUAUAUUACAGUCAGUGGUACACAUUCUGUACAUAUCCUGUGAAAUGUGCUGUCAUGUGAAAUAAACAGACCUUCUCUCCAUAUC